GAAAUUAGUCUUACUUAACAAAAUUUAACCGACCAACCGAGCAAAAAUUUGUUCAGCGGCUUAGCUUGGCUUGCUGUCGGCUACAAGGUUUACUUUGACUAGGCUACUAACAUCAGUGGCUUUGAUGGUUCGCUACUGCGGAUCCGCAAAUCGCGAAGGUCGACCGCUGUCAUCCGUGCUACCGAUUGUUUCUCUCCCGUUACUGCUUCACCAGCACCCGCAACCUAAGCAGUGAUUCUCGCUUCAAAAUAAUUCUACAAACACGAGUCAGCUCGUCGGGGCAUUGAUUAGCGGAGAGCCUCCGCGGUUUGCACCGUCGCGGGCGGACCCACCAGAUCCGAUAGACUGGCCGCGCUACUGCUGCGGCGCUAGCAUUUGUCGCAGUCGGUGCGAGUCGUCCAAGCGCCAGCAAAAUGACGGACGAGGACCCUGUCAUACAGACCAACCUCGACGCCGCGGUGAGCAAGCGAGACGCCGUCACUAAAGGUUACUGGAGCGAUCCGUACAUACAGUACUUCGUCAAGCCGUCCGAGCGCAAGGCGCCCGAGAUCAGUCGCGGGUACUACGCCCGCGUGCACGGCGUCAAGACGUUGCUCGACAAGUUCCUCAAGCUGGUGGGUCCUGACUGCCAGAUAGUGAACCUGGGCGCUGGUUUCGACACACUCUUCUGGCGGCUGAUGGAUGACAAGGCCCAAUUCAAGAGCCUCGUCGAAGUCGACCUUCCUGCCGUGACGACGCGCAAGGUCUACUACAUCAGGCUGCGCAAGCCGUUGCUCAAGGGCAUCGUCACCGAAGACACCUUAAACGAGCUGCAUCUUCAUCGAUCUUCCGGUAUUAGCACUCCAACCUGUGAUGACGACGUGAAGGUGAACUCGUCGGACCUGCACGCCGGCCACUACCACCUGGUGGGCUGCGACCUGCGCGAACUGGACGUCUUCGAGGCAAAGGUGGUCCACGAGUCUGGCCUGGACGUCAGCCUGCCCACCCUUUUCAUCGCAGAGUGUGUGCUCGUCUACAUGAGCUGCGACGAGUCUUCUGCGCUGCUCUCCUGGAUAACGCGCAACUUCCCUCAUGCCGUGCUCGUCACCUACGACCCCGUGAACAUGGAUGACAAGUUUGCCGAGGUGAUGGUGGAGAACCUGAAGCAGCGCAACUGCCUGCUGGCGGGUCUGCAGGCCUGCACCACCCUCAAGACGCAGGAGGAGAGGAUCCGGAGCACAGGCUGGGAGGCCUGCACAGCCUGGACCAUGUCCCAGGUGUACCACUCCAUUCCCGCUCCGGAGCUCCACAGGGUCGAGAAGUUGGAAAUGCUGGACGAGCAAGAGCUUCUGGAACAGCUUUUGACCCACUACUGCCUCUGCGUUGCCUACAAGGGCGGCGGAUCCCCGUCGGUAUUCGCCAAGCUGCAGUUCACCUAGGCUCGCUCUAGCCGCUUGCAGCACCCUUUCAAACUCCUUUUCCUGGCUCCUUGUUGCACAGAGGAGCUGACACCUUGUCAGCGGCCCGUGACUCUCUGAACUGGACGUGGUGUCGAGAAACGAAAUCACUCGCCGACCGGUUUUACCCAGAGUUGCAACACUGGGCACGCUAAGAACAGCUGUCAGCGGUUCGAGUUGCGUCUAAUUUCACUCAAAAGAGCGUCACCAUUUUUAUGGGCUAAAGGCAGCUCUGGCUCAAGGCCCUGUAACUUCAGCUUAGUUUACUGCAAUCCCCUUUGGUGGCUCCCUUUUGUGGAUUUGCGAGGUGUCUAAGAUAAUCCAAGAGUUUCGAUUGAGACUUCCGAGCCUUUGGAUUCUUUGCGCCUUUCGGAGGCUUCCAUGGAUUUCAGAUGCUUAGUAGUCUUUUGUUGUUCUGUCUCUUGGUGUGUGUGUGUGUGCGCGCCCGCGCGCGCUUGUGUACCAGAGCUGAUGCUUUUGGUUUUUUCUUUCUGCAAAUCUAUGUGAGUGAUUCUUUGUAUUUAUUUAUUUUGAUGGCUGAAAUGUAAGCAAAAAUGUCAUUAUGCAGCUAGUUAAAAACUGUUUGCCGUGCUCACAUGCAGAACAAAUUUGGAGUGUCUGACAAGGUCGCUGGGCAAAUAAAAAUUGCCGGGGACAUAA